AUGGCUUCAGCAAAGCAGACGAAAGAGGCGGACCGCCAGACUGAGGUGAUUCGAAAGAUAGCUCCACGAAACUUCCACCAGCAUCUUUGGCUUCCUCAAACACCUUCCCAUGAGAAGUUGAGAGUCACGUUCGCAACGACAAGUAACUUCGACGACCAGUCUCUACCCGCCUCUCUAUUCGUUGGUCCUAUGUUCGGCUCGAGAUAUCUCGCCGUGCUAUUCGACAAGCUGGCACAAGAAACCGGAAUGAGAGCCAUUGCAGUCGACCGCCCUGGCAUCGGAGGUUCUACGCCUGUACCAUUGGAGCACCGGCUCGACGUUUGGCUUGAGACUGUGACCGCGCUGUUGCAACACCUCGAUCUCAAACAUGUAGCCUUGUUUACACACAGCGCCGGCACGGUCUACACGCUCAAUACACUUUAUCGACUUCCUCAGAUCUUGGAUCCUGAAUCCCCUUUCGUAGCCUUCAUUGGCCCCUGGGUUCAUAGCGAGCAUUCGAAAGUCGCACUCAUGUCACUUGUGAACAAGCUUCCGCCGAGCAUUUUUUCGGCCUGGAGCGACAUCAGCAUGUUCGUAAACAAAAACAUUGCUCCCGCAACAUCCUGGUCGGGCGGCGUGGUCUCUUCCAUUGGCAGCUUGUUCUCUGGCAACAAAUCUGACGUCGAUGAUAACGACGAAACUGAAGCACAGGCAAAAUAUGGCGUUGACAAAGAAACGGCCAAGGAUCUCGAAGACAUCCACUUCAAAUACAUAAUGGCCGAGAGUCUGAAAGGCGCAAAUGAUGAGGCGCUGUUGUGUUCGAAAGCACGAGGAACAAUAUCCUGGGGUGCAUGUGACGAUUACAUGGCCUGCAUCAAGACCAUUGCCGAGCUUCAACAGCAGCGUUUAAGCAAAGAUCCAGAUGCAAAGAAAUUUCGAGUGCGAUUGCACUUUGCCGAAGACGACAUAAUGAUCGGAAAGGGUGGACAGAAAUUCUUCAACGAGUGUUGGCAACAGAGUGGUAUUGAAGAGAUGGUGGAUGUGAAAAGUAAGGAAUGGCCAGGGAGUAGUCACGAGACUGUUUUGGUAGAGUUCGGAAAGGGUGCUCUACCCAGUAUCUUCAACGACAUAAAGACUGGUCGAUGA